AUGACGAGCUUAUUGGCAAAGAUGAUCAGCAAACGGAUUCUGGGAGAGUCGCUCCAGAACAAAUUUGGCAAGGAGGAUCCGUACUUUGAGCAAGUCCCUGCCACGAGGCUCGAUGGCAGGCCUACGGGCAAGGUCAAGAAGCGCAAGAAGGCGCUGCCCCCCGGCAUCUCAGAGCACGAUGGCCAGGUUCUGACCAAGGUCAAGAGACGAGCAUAUCGUCUGGACAUGAGCCUCUUCAACUUUCUUGGAAUCCGCUUCGGCUGGAGCAGCGUUGUCGGCCUAGUUCCUGCUGCCGGUGACAUGCUUGAUGUCUUUAUGGCCUUGAUGGUGUAUAGGACAUGCUGCCAAGUAGAGGGCGGUCUUCCCGCCGCAAUCAGAAUCCGGAUGCUCAUCAACAUCAUCAUCGACUUCGCCAUUGGCCUGGUGCCCUUCCUCGGAGACUUGGCCGAUGCCCUCUUCCGCGCCAACACGCGCAACGCAGCGCUUCUGGAGCAGCACCUGCGCGAAAAGGGCAAGAAGGAGCUCCGGAAAAGCGGACAGCCCAUCCCGGCCGUCGACCCCAGCAGCGCCGAGGAGUACGACCGGGUCCUACGUGAAGAUCCGCCUGAAUACUCGUCGACUCCUCCGUCCCGCCGAGAGUCUCCGAUCCAACCUGACGACCGGCGUUAUGCCCAGGACCCGAGAGCCCCACGCGAGCCAGACGCCGCCCGGGUCCGCGACGGCGGUGGGUAUUUUGGCCGUAACAAGGCUCGCCCUCACGAUGUCGAGAUGGGCCAUGCGAACACGGAUCGAUACAACGAUCCGCGACAAAACAGCAAGCAGCAGAGCAGGCGAUACGGUGGCUUUCUGUAA